AUGACACCAGACUCUAGAAUGGUUGUCAAUGGUGCAGCCGGUGGGACCAUAGCAAGGAAGACAGCAGCUCAAACUUUGGAGCUGAUCGACUUCAUGGCGAGGACUGAGAACGCAUCAAUGGCAGUUCAACCAACUCAACCAGUUCAACUAAGAAGGGGAAUUCUGCAGUUGGGAAACAAUAGUGCAUCACUUGCAGAAAAAAAGAUCCUAUCUCAACAGAUAGCUAGUUUGAAUGCAAAGUUGGACAAGUUGCAACUUUCCACAGCCCAAGUUGACUCGGUUAACUGUGAGUAUUGCAAAGGCGAGCAUGAGAGUAACGUGUGCCCAACAUUGGUAGAAAUAGAUGUUGUACAAGUUAAUGGAGUCUGGUAUGAACCAAAACCACUGCCAAAUUUUCAAAGAAACCAUAACAAUGCUCCAGGAAACAACUACCAAUGGAGAAUUCAAGGGGGAGGUCUGGAUUACAAAUCCAACAAUUAUUUACAACCUCCUUCAAUUCCACAAACUCCACCAUCUGAGCUAGAGAGAGCGCUGAUACAGUUGACAAAGAAAACUAACACCUUCAUGAAUGAGAUAAGGGCUCAUCACAAAAAUCAGGAUGCAUCUCUCAGAAACUUGGAAAACCAUAUUGGCCAACUGUCAAGACAACUAGAAGAAAGGACUAAAGGUCAGUUUCCAAGUAACACAAUAAUCAAUCCUCGAAAAGAAUGCAAGUCAAUUGUUACAAGAAGCGGAAUUGUCAUCACUCCUCAAGAAAAACCGAAGGCGGUUCAAAAAAAGAAAGCAGACGAACCAGUUCUUGAACCAGAGAAAGAAAAAGAGGAGGAAACACCUGCUAAAAAAGACAAACAGGAAGCAAAGGAGAAAGCUGCAGAGACUCCAAAGAAGCAAUGGGAUUUCUCUCUCUUUGAGAAACCACCUUAUCCCAUAAAGUCAAGGCAAGCACAGAAGCAACAACAUGCCAGCAUAAGUUGCCGGAAUGUGAAACAGUGGCUCACACAGGAGUGCAGUGCCAUAAUUCAAAGAAAGUUUCUACCAAAGCUUCGAGAUCCAGGGAGUUUCAACAUCCCAAUUGCGAUAGGCAACAUUAAUGUCGGUCGGGCAUUGUGCAAUCUUGAAGCAAGCAUCAACCUUAUGCCGCUGACUGUGAUGAAAUCUCUCGGAAUUUCUGAAUUGAAGUCAACAAUAGUAUUGCUCCAACUUGCUGACAGGAUGUUGAGAAGACCAAACAGAGUAAUAGAAGACUUACUUGUCAAAGUGGACAAGUUCAACUUCCCUGCUGACUUCGUAGUCCUCGACAUGGAAGAAGAAGGAGACAUGCCUCUUUUGUUAGGUAGGCCAUUCCUUGCCACAACAAGAGCUAUGAUUGAUGUGGAAAACGAAAAGCUGGAAUUGAGAAUAGACGACGAAAAAGUCACCAUCGAUGUGUUCAAAGUUAUGAAGCAUGCAGAGGAUAAUGGUGAUUGUUUCCGGGUGCACGUUCUCGAAGAACUUUUCCUUGAAAAUAAAGAAGAUCAGACUCUUAAAGAAGAAAAGGAAUUCUUUGAUGAAAAUCCUCCGAAGGAAGAUGCUGAAAUUCCAACAGAAGAGUUGAAAAAGAAAGAGUCAGACAUCAUAAAUGAAGCACCAAGGGUGGAAUUAAAAGAACUUCCACCUAAUCUAAAAUACGAUUUCUUAGGAGAUGAAGAAACGUAUCCUGUCAUCAUCAACAAGGAGCUAUCUGAGACUAAAGAAACCAAGUUGAUGAAAGUGCUCAAAGACCACCAAACAGCCAUAGGUUGGUCCAUCUCCGAUCUUAAAGGAAUCAAUCCUUCCUUUUGCACUCACAAAAUACUGAUGGAAGACGACAUCAAACCUGUGAGACAACCUCAGAGAUGA